AUGGCCUUUCCCUUCAUAACGACCCUCGUCUUGUGCGCCGCCCAAGGCAUCGUGCUCGACCGGCCCCCGGGCCUCGUGAUCGUGGGCAUCUUCAAGAACGAGGCGCCGAACCUGGGGCCGUGGCUCGACUACUACCUCAACGCGCAGGGCGCCGUGGCCGCGAUCCUGGUGGACAACGGCAGCACGGACGACUGGCAACGCGUGGUCGCGCCGUUCGGCGACCGCGUCCGCGUGACGACGGACGGCGCCGCGCACGGCCAGGUGGCGCUCUACAACAAGUACGCGCUGCCGCUCCUGAAGCGCGAGUUCCCACGCGACUGGGUGGUGGUCAUCGACCUGGACGAGUACCUCUACGCGCGGGAUCCCGGAAGGCGGUGGCCGCCGACGCUCGCGCAAACCGUCCGCGACGUCCUCGACCCGGGCGCAGCGAAUGACGUCGCCGUGCCCUGGAAGAUGUUCGGUUCGUCGGGCCGCGACGCGCAGCCCCGCAACGGCACGGUCUGCGGCUUCACGUGGCGCCGCGCCUACCACAAGCCUAUGAUUAUUCCAGGCAAGAGCCUGGCGCGCGUCGCGGCGCUGGAGCGGUUCGUCAUUCACUCGCACGUCGUCGCCGGGCGCGAGGGGCCACACCGCACGCUCAUCUCCGAGGAACUUCUCAAAGCCGCGCCCCUCCACCUCAACCACUACGCGAUCCAGUCGAAACAGUACUUCCGGGAAACCAAAAUGUCGCGCGGCGACGUGAACACUAUGAGAGCCGAAAAGAUGCGCACCUGGGACUACUUCCGCAAGUACGACUGGAACGACGUCGAGGACACGGAGCUCGCGGCGCGCGCGGACUGCGGCCCGUAG